CAAAAAAUCAAGACAGCUAAACCGAACCCGCCCAACCCGUUUGCCACCUCUAAAAAUCUGUAGUUCAGUUAAUAGAAGCCGUGGCGAUGGCGAUGCCCAAAUUUAUCCAUUGCUCCCUGCGUGAGCUACCGCCUUCGCCUUACAACCAAUACAAAAGGAGUAAAACUGCAACUCUUCUCUCUUGACUGUCAAAUAUCAGCUGAGUUUUGAAAUCUUAAAAUUUAAAACAAAAUCCACAACAAACGAAGUGCUAAAUCCAUAUCCUUACCAAUAGUAACAUGGCGUCCUCCAUUUCCUUCACGUCGACACCCCCUUCCACUUUCCCUUUGUUCCACCAUAAAAAUCCAUUCCCUUCCCAUCCAAUCUCAGUCCCCUGCCAAAACCCCAGCAACAGCUCUGCCUCUGCAUUACUCCCUCUCUGCUUUGCUGCUAAGUCCCACGCGGGUGGACCUGUCAAGAAACGGUCGUCCUUAGCGGCAGGGAAUAAGAAGAGGAGGAAGAGAAAAAGCGGGGAUGGUGAUGAUAAAUUGAAGGAGCUGAGUUUGAGGGAUUUUGAGAUUGUGGAAGAAAAUGAUGAUGUUGAUGAAGAGUCGUUGUCAUCUUCUUCUUCUACUACUAAUACUACUACUACUACUACUACGCGUUCCUUAGCAUAUCAUCCUCCACCACUGCCCAAACCGCCUGCUGGGUUUGUUGUUGAUGACACCGGCAGGGUUCUUAUGGCCUCAAACAAGAGAAUUGCCACUAUUGUUGAUUCUGUCAACAACAACCCAUUAGAGUGUGUUAUAAGGAGGGUAUUCAAAAGUUCUCGGGGGGAUGAUUGUAUGCUGCUCUGCCCAGUUGACACGCCUGUUCAGAUAUUAAAGAAUACAAAUAUUGAUGGAUGGUCAGCUGUCAGUGAUGAAGAAGUUGAAGCUAUUCUUCCUAUUGCUGCAUAUGCUCUUGCCAAAAUACAUAUGCAUCUGGUCCACAGCGGAUUCUGUUAUACAGCUCGUGGAGGAUUCUGCUACUCAGAAGAUGACAUAUUUGAUUUCCGCACAGAUGAUGGUCAAGAUAUAGAUGGCUUGCCAACUGAAGGCAUAGAAAUUACAUGCUUCCAUCUAAAUGGUGCACAUUAUAUGAUUUAUACACCGUCUGAUCCACUUCUCUUUGUUGCUGUCAAGGAUCAGAAUGGAAUGCUGCAAAUUGCUGAUGAUGAUCUCCUGGAGGACCCUGCUAUCAUGAGUGCCAUUGAUGAGGAAAUUGAGUUUAAUGCAUUGGUGGAAGAAGAAGCUGCUCUUCUAGAAUCAUUGUUAGGUGAUAGAUGAGCAGGUUGCUCACAUCAACUUUUUAGGUUGCCCAAACUGUGUUUAUCUGGAAGAGGCCCGUUAAUGUGUAGUUGAGGAUUCAUGGCAGCAUCAACAGGAAGUCGAUUAGUGUGCUGGUUGACAGUGGGAGCACACAUAGCUUUAUUACACCUAGAUGAGCCAAGGAAGGGAUAGAGCUGUUGCAUACCAGUCCAUUAGCCAUAAAUGUAGCCAAUGGAGAGAAGUUAUACAGCAUAGCAAAAUGUAGACAGUUGAAAUGGAUGAUGCAGGGCCAUUCAUUCAUUUAUGACUUGAGGGUUUUACCUAUGGGAGGUAGUAAUAUGAUUUUGGGGGUUGACUGAAUGAAAAGGUAUAGCCCUCUAGUUUUUGACUUUAAUGAUUUGUCAUUGUCAUUCCAAAAGGAUGGUAAACAAGUUACUCUCAAAGAGGAUAGCCUCAGGCAUCGCUCAAACUCAUAUGUGGGGAAAAACUAUAGAAGUUAGUAGGGAAAGGUUCUGGUUGAUGGGAGAAUUAUAUAUGAUUAGUGUUGAAUGUGAUAAAACAAAAACCCCCACUGAGUUGUAGAAUUACUUGCAGCCUAUUUAGUAUCUUUAAGGAACCACAAUGACUCCCACUAAAAAGAACUUAUGAUCAUAGCAUUCCUCUGACGGUUGGGUCACAACCUGUUAAAUGGAGACCACAUAGAUGUGCUCAAAUUUGCUCUGCUUUCUUGCACGGCACGUCUGGUCAGCCAAUCUUCUACACAACACCCCCUACCCUAGCUUACGUGCUUUUUUCCUUGUAGUGUCAGCUACAGUCAUUGCACCAACAGUUAAAUUCAUCACAGAAUUGAUCUUCAAUUUAGUUUAAUCAGGGGUUUCGACUUGCAAUUUUGAUAUAAUUUUAGGCAAAUUCACAGUUGUCAAAAAAAGACUAACAUGUAGGUUUUGUUUGGUAAAAGAUAGAAAAUAGAAAGAGAAAAAGACAAAAAACUGUUUAAUUCAGUGGUUAUUUAU